AUGGACAAAAACCAAUUAUUUACAAGCUUAAACAACAUAUUGCUGGAAUUUUGUGAAAAGUAAGUAAAAAUUAAAAUAACUAAUAUCAGAUCUUUAUUAAAAAACCUUUAUAACCACCGGAUAACAUGGCUUUACCCAUUCAAUUUCAGAAACCUACUUUCCCAAGAAAGGUUCAAAGAAUUCGAAUUAAUCUUGGCGGAUGUCGAAGCGCAAUUGAAACAAGCGUUUCCAAACUGGCAAGUCGAGGCCUACGGUGGUUCCCAUAACGGCUUUGGGUUAAACUCAAGUGACAUUGAUUUAACAAUUAUUAGACCAAAAACGUAAGUUAAUUUUUAAAAUUGUUCAUACAAUAAUAAUAUCGUAGUCUUUAAAUAAACUUUAAUCAGGAAAAAAUAGUAAUCGUUAUAUUAUGUUACAGAGAAAAACAGUGUCUCACGGUUGACGAUGUUGAAAGAGUGCUCUGUACAGAAGAGAAUCAACGGAAAAAUUUGAAAUCUUUUGAAAACUUGUUAGAGAAAAAUGUAAGUUUAGUUUUUUAUUUUUACUUAACAAUAUUCAGAAUCAUCAUCGUAUUUAUUUUGUAUUUUAAGGUGCCGUUGCUCAAAUUAAAAUAUGGAGGUGUGAAAAACGACAUUGAAGUAGAUUUCACAGUAAACAACUACAAAGGCGUACUAAACACAAAACUGUUGCAAAUCUUUUCCAGGUAACUAUUACGUUCAUAUUUUGAAUAUUAUUUAAUUAUCUUUCAAUGUUACCCAUUUCCAAAAAUAUUUUAUACAUCAUCUCAUUUGCACUUUACAGAAUCGACCCGCGAGUGUCCCAACUCCAUGUGAUAAUUAAACAGUGGGCCAAAAGCAACAGUCUCCACGGAGGCCCAGAAUACAAGUUUAACACCUACAGUUUGGCAUUAUUGGUCAUCAACUACCUUCAAAAAGUUGUCACACCCCCAAUAAUGUAUAUCAAAUGA